UCAGAAAACACACUGCGAUCACAGGAGGCGUGUGUUCAAGCCUCAGUCAAAACAUUUAUCAGCAGCCACUGGAAAAGGCAGGAAGCUUUGAGGAACCAUGCCGAAAACUAUUAAGGAUCACCUUGAGAAUAUUUUUGAGGAUCUGGGGGAGGGAAAUCUUAAAAAGUUUAAAAUCAAAUUGCGCGAUCGGAAGGAAGAACCGCGCGUACGACAAGCAACAAUUGAAAAAGUUAAAGAUUCUCUAGAUCUCGCUGAUUUAAUGGUGAACACUUUCACAUCGACAGGCGCUGUUCCUGUAACACUCGAAAUAUUAGAGGUUAUUAACUGUCAUGAACUGGCAGCGGAGCUCAGAGAGAACAUAGGAGACGGUUUGCCAGUGGCUCGGCCACCUUUGGAUGUAGUUGACGCAAAACCAGUUCAGGGUCCAAAAGUUGAUGCUGUUCCUCAGUCAUAUGAUCCUGUUCUGUCAGAUGAUUGGCAGAGAGAAUCGCAGAUUAUUCCAUGUAGCCAACAAUUUAAAAUAAAAAUUCUUAGUGAAAAUGGACAAGAGAUUUAUGAAGCAAAAGACAGGUCUGCAAGAAAACGUCUUGCCCUGCUUAUCAACAAUAGAGAUUUUGACGAAAAGGCUAUGACCAGGAGAGGGGCGGAGAGAGAUGAAGAAAACAUGGAAUGGCUGUUAAAUCAACUGGAUUAUGAAGUUGUCAAGUACAGCAAUCUCUCUGGCCAGGAAAUGAAGCAAGCAGUCAAGAACUUUGCUGUGUGUCAGGAACAUGCAUAUUCAGACAGCACCUUUGUGGUUAUAAUGUCCCACGGAAAGAGGGAUGCUAUUUUGGGUGUCCAUCAUACAACAGACAACCCCGAUACAUUCCCUGUUGAUGAUAUCUACGUUCAUCUGAACUCUCAGAAUUGUCCAGCUCUGCUUAAUAAACCAAAGGUUAUUCUCAUCCAAGCCUGCAGGGGAGGGGAGCAUGGCCGCGUGUGGGCCAGUGACGGUGAACCCGAUAAGUCAAUGGAAAUAGAGGGCGAUGACUUUGUGCACAAGGAGAAAGACUUUAUUUCUCUGAUGUCCUGCACCCCGGACACCAAAUCUUACAGGCAUGUUCAGAAUGGAACGUUUUACGUCCAACUGAUAGUGGAUGUGUUCACGAAACAUGCACACGAGGAUCACAUUGAGGAAUUGUUCAGGAAGGUUAUAAGACGUUUUGACAACGCAGAUAUGAUUGGAAGCUACAGGCAAAUGGCGUGUAAAGACAGAGCAACGCUGGCAAAGUUGUUCUACCUGUUCCCUGGACUCUGAUUUCCAAGUUGUACAUUCUUUUCUCUCCUGAUCUCUGAAUUCUAUAGACCCUCGUCUGCCUUUGUAUCUCCAGCAAAUCCUGUAAAGUCUUUCCAGAUGUAUGAAAAUAGUUAUUUCAAAAAAAAGAAAGACCUUAAAUAAACAACUUUUUUCCAAGCUGCA